AAGCGGUGCAAUAGAAUUUAAACAUUUGAAAUUUAAAAUAGGUUACAUACCAUUUUGUCAUUUUAACAAAUAUUUGUGCACAAAUCCAUGUAUUAUUAUUGAGCAACGUAGGGUUUUCCGCUACCCUAGUAUUAGUUUUUCGAAUCAUGUAAGUACUUUAUUCCAUUAGGUGCUUUCAAGUAGUGUUUGAUUGAUAUGCUCCCAAACUGCUGUAGAAAAUGUGCAUGGGAAUAUAACGUACAGUGGAACGAUAUUGGUGCUGAACAGUACUAAGUUACAGUAACUCCAUACUGGUAAACAGCUCAUAUAUACAGGCUUUUGAGGCUGCUAAGUAGAUUCAAGCAUAUCCGUCAACCCACCACAUUAUCAGGACGUUUAUAUCAUUCUUCAGAUAAUAUUAUUUGUGAUUCGUGAAUAGCUUGAAGAUAUUAAAAAUGGUAUUUGGAAGAAUAACUUGUGACGAACUGAAAGAGAUGUUAGACAAUAUGCCACCAAAUACCACAAUAAUUGACGUUAGAGAGACUUCAGAGGUAGAACAUACGGGAGUUAUUGGUCCAAGUUUGAACAUACCAUUGAGUGAUUUGAAAAAUGCAAUGAAGAAAACGCGUGAAAAAAUCUUCAGGAAAAAAUUUGGUAGAGAGAAACCGGACCAAAAACACCUGAUAAUAUUUUAUUGUCUCGGUGAAACCAGAGCAGAAAGAGGAGCCGAUAUGUUUCAUUCUUGGGGAUACAAAAAACACAUCCGAGAUCCGAGAUGACCUCAACUCAC